AUGGCGGAAGAGACCAUGGAUACCGGAAGCAGAAGCGAUCGCAAGCUGAUGCAAGAGGCGGGCUUUUCAGAAGAACUCAGAGCACGGCUUGAGCAAAGGAUAGCACAGACUAGCUUCAAUGCCGAGAACCAGCGGGCUAUAAGCGAAGCCACUAUGCCUACGUCCGCUGGAAAAGGAACCCGUGACAUAGCUGCCGCAGAGCCAUGGAAAGGCUCAGAAAAUCUUCACGAUGCCGCCUUACGCAUGCUCGAUGACUCCCAAAAGAGACUACGUACACCGAGCAGACCUCCAUCUCUGGGUGGGACAGUCAACCUGCGGCCUGCACCGAAGCAGGGAGUGUCUGCGGCUGAUCGGCUGGCGAAUGCACGAGAUAGAACCUCCCAAUAUGCCAUUAGCCAACAUGAGGAUAUGUCUGCGGAAGAGAAGGAGAAGUACCGCAGAGAAUUGAAGGACAGAUUUUCGCCUGGCGCAAGACCAAUGCCUACGUCCCUCCAAGGCCUGACAAGUCUGGCGAACGAGAGAAUAGAAAAUGCCAUCGCCCGCGGUCAGUUCAAGAACAUUUCUAGGGGCAAGGGUAUCAAUGUGGAGAGAGAUUAUAAUGCAAACAGUCCAUUCCUGGAUACAACAGAAUAUUUCAUGAACAAAAUCAUCCAGAAACAGGAAAUCGUCCCGCCAUGGAUCGAGAAGCAACAAGAGCUAGUCAAAGCAGUGGCUACUUUCCGUGGUAGGCUCAGGAACGACUGGCGCAGGCAUGCUGCGAGACUGAUUUCUAGUUCGGGUGGCAGUGCCGAUGAUCAGGUCCGGCGAGCAAAGGCCUAUGCUCUGGCGGAAGAGAUUGUCAACCCUAGGGUGCGCAGAGUCGAAAACCUCAGUUCUAUCGCCCCAGAUGGCAGUUUGACGAGUGUGACAGUCGAAGAAAGAAUUGCAGCGGGUAUCCCAGCCGAGACUUCCGAGUCGUCGGCGGCAACAUCGUCAGGCACGCAAGCAGAGCAAGCACCCGAAGUAAUACAGAUCGAGGUGACUGAACAGCCAGCGGAGAGCGCGCCGGUUGCAACCACUGAACCAAGCACAUCAGACACCACGGAUUCUCCUAGCCGCCCAGCCGUCGACGACUCAGCACCACCUAUGCCGAGCUCCACCUCGUCACCGCCACGGCCACCGCAGCAACUACAGCCCCGACCUGUGAGGCCAGCUGCCCAUGUCUUCCGCGACCCAGCUUGGGAAAAAGCUGAACUGGCAUACCACACACUCGCUGUCCAGGAGCUCAACGCCCUCACGCGCUCCUAUAACUUGAUGGCUCCUAAGAUCGCCCAGAAGCCUUACUACACUCUCGACCGAGAGUUGAAACGUUGCUUUGCAGACGUCGCCCCAACCUUAGCCGAUGAGAUCCUCGAACGCAGUCGCAAACCAUUCGUCAAGAUCAACGUCAUGCCGCAUCAAGAAGGAGGCGUCCUUGAACGAUUCGGGGCUGGAGAGAAGUACCAUGGCCACCACGGCAGGAUCCGCGACGAGGGCCAUGGUAAAGAGUAUGGAUUUCGGCAGUUUUGGAGAGAUCUCUUUGGUGGCGGUGGGAAUAGUAAGGAGAAGGAGAAAAGACGCGAAGAAGUUGUUUGA